AUGAAGCGCGCGGUGUUCCUGCUGAAGCUGCUGCUUCUAGCGGCCAUAGCCACCCAAGAGGGGCUUCUCUCGUGGCAACUGAUGACCAGUAAAAUGCUCGCGCUCAUGCUAGAUGCUGGUCUGCUGGCCAUCUUCCUCUACUUACAAGUCAGAUCAGCCAACAAUACUCACAUGUACAUGAUUUACGUUUAUAGCGUCGUGGCUAAGAUAACGGUGAUCUACUACGUCUCCCUUCCGAGAGCCCUCAUAAGACAUCAUGAGGAAGUCGGUGGAGGAGGGCCAUCCCCACCGUUACCCAUACAACUAGACACCUACGCAAACAACAUCCACAUCAUCAGCUCCACGAUCCUCAUCUCUAUACUGGUCUACAUUCUGUUUUUUCUCGUGACCGAUUUCGAUCUGCUCAAAGUGCGUUUUAUAAACCUUGAAAUUUUUUUUUGUCUCCUCAUAAUAACUCACGUGUCGAUUGAUUUAAUGGACAUAUCUGAUUUUUUUUUUUGUGUUAAUUUUCAUUUUUUCCUUUACCACUUCCGAGUUGUACAAGAGCUAUCACUCAUUACUAACCCAGACCUGUUUGUUCAUGCAGCCAUAGAUCGGAAGAGCUUCGUCGAAUUUUAUUCCUUCUGCUUGCAUACCUACCAAGGUGUCUUCGUACUUUUUGGUGUACUCCUCUGCGUAAAUGUAGCUAUCCACGCCUACUCACUUCCGAGCUUUUCCUACGAAAGUAACAAGAGGUGGAAGCUCUUCGCUAAAGGGGGGGGAAGAGAACAUGUACGAGACCUUCCGUCCAGUGGACCCCAUUUGCUACACACCUACAGUCGUAACGCGGCGCUUACCAGGUGGACCAGCGACCAGAACAAAGCUACCAAUGGAGGAGGGAAAAACCAUUAUGGGCACCCUCCUAGUGGGGCUAUUAUCAGAAAGGGUACCUCUCUGGGGGGACCUCAACAAAUGGAAGGGAAGCAUUCGAUUAGUAGGGGCUUAUUUGGGGGAACUUCUUCCCCCGCUUUAGCUUCUACUUCCACUGAGGCCUUCCUCCCAAGGUCCAAGGUCGGCGGGGACGCCAUGUCCUGCCUCAAGUACAUCAGCAUAUACAGCUUCUUCUUCACCGAUGUGUCUCUCUUCAUGGCGCGGCUGUUCCUUUAUCUGGUCUUCUCGGCCACCGCGUGUUCGCCCCAGUUCAUCAUGAAGAAUCUCUGCUUCGCCAUCAUCCACGGGUCACGCAUCUACCGCAAGUCUAAAUUCUACAACCGUCGCAGGGAACAGAAGGGCCAGCGGAAAAACGCAGCCAAGGGGGGGAGUUACACCGAUCAGGGUGAAAAGACCCAUUCAGAAGAAAGGACUAACAACCACCAAGAUGCACGGCAGAGAAAAUGCACAAACAGACCAUCCAACAACCUACACGUGAAGGAAAGCCAUGUUAACAAAUAUCUCCUGAGCAGGAGCUACCUGUCUACCGACACCAUAAAUAUAAAUGCGAUUAAAAAUAUUCAGUACUCCCGAAUUGACAAUCUAAAUUAUAAUAUAAUUAGUUCAAAAUAUUAUUUUCAUUAUUUAAAAUACAUUGGGGUGAACUUCAAAAGAUACAUGUCCUGCUAUGUGGAUCAAAUUGAGAAGAACUCCAUGGGCUACUCUCUGAUCUUCCUCUUCUUCUUCAUUCUAAUAGCCACAAAAAUUGGCAUCCUCGUGGUCACUUACACAAUGGACUUUGAUCAAGACCUGAACCGGCAUUUGUAUGAAUUGACUUACCAAUGGAAUAUGAACCCGCUGAAGUCCUGCUGGAUUAUCCGAAUUAAUUCUUUAAUCAUUUUAGUUUAUUCAUUUUGUUCCUUCCUUUUGUACCUAUUUACCUGUUCCCUAUUCGAUGGGAUUUUUAUGUCCCUAAUGUAUGUCUUUAAUCUUCUUUCAUUCUUUUUCGUCCUUCUCAUCGUGUCCAAAUAUAACCCCUCCUACGACAUGCUGGACUACUUUAAUAAAAACAAGAACACGCUCGUGGUUCUCAUCCUCUUUGGCUACCUGGUCUACCUCUUCCUCGCGGACACGUACAUGUUUAUCUACAUGCUCCUCGGACGCAAGUACAUCACAUACCGAACACGAGUAAAAACGCGCAGGGAAAACGAAGACAAAGGAAGGGAGAGACAAACCGCAGAAACGAACGAACACGUCUUAACACCCAUAUCAGUGGUGUCCUCCUUUAUCCUUAAACUGAUCAAACACAUGAAGGGACCCAUCAUGCUUAACAGAAUUAUAAUCAGCAAAAAUUUAAUUAAAAAUACACGAGUCGAUAAUUUUUUAUUCUUUUGCCACAUAAAAGAAAUUGCUAUUAAGUUGGUGCUUUACUUUUUCUCAUGCUUCCUCGCACGCAGGGAGGACGCAAUAAAUAUUUCCUUUGUUCUUUUAAUUUUUUUUGUGAAUAUUCUUUUGUCCGUUAUGUAUUUAAUUUUUUCCAAGGUGGACCGGGACGUCGCUAUGGACAGCAUCUUCACGCAGGCGCUCUUCCUGGACCUCAGCAGAGCCUCGCGAGACGGACGAGAGGAAAAAGGGACAGGCAUUUCAAAAAGUCAGAAGGAAAAAGACGCCUUACACGAGCCAACCACACACACCAGCGUGUAUGAAAAAUAUUCCUACGAGUAUACAGUCCUGUUUGAGAACUGCCUGAAUUACUUUUGA